GGCAAGAAUGACAGGUAAAUUUUAUAGGUUAUUUUAAUAAGGAAUAUUUAUAUGUUUUAUUUGAAAUAUUUACUGAUGUAUUUGUAUAAAUUGAGUGAUGAAUACCAAAAUAACUAUAGUACCACCAAUUUAUAAACGAAUUAUCUCAAGAUUUCCUCAAAAUAUAACUUUUUGUUUUGCUUAUGGUUCGGGUGUGAAAAAACAACUUCAAAAUGCAUCUUCUGAUAAUAUGAUUGAUUUAAUAUUCUGCGUUAAUAAUCCAUCAAGGUGGCACGAAUCAAAUAUAGAGAAGAAUCCGUCAGAUUAUAGUGGGUUGAAAUAUUUUGGGCAUAAUUUUGUGUCUCAUUGUCAACAAAACUUUGGUGCUAAAGUUUAUUUUAAUACACUAGUUCCUAUAAAUGAUUUUUAUAUAAAAUAUGGUGUUGUUAGUACGACCGACCUAGAAACAGAUUUAUUGGAAUGGUCAGAUUUAUAUUUAGCAGGAAGGUUACAUAAACCUGUAGAAAUUAUUGAAAAGCCACUGAGUGCAGAAUUGGAAACUGCUCUACAACUAAAUCUUCAAUCAGCAGUUCAUGCUGCUUUAUUGAUAUUACCAGAAAACUUUACAGAAUUUGAAUUUUAUCACACCAUAUCAAAUUUGAGCUAUAAUGGGGACUUUCGGAUGACCUUUGGAGAAAAUAAAAAUAAGGUUGAAAACAUUGUUAGGCCCCAGUUAACAAAUUUUCGUAAUCUAUACCAACCAUUUAUACAAACUUUACAGGACUAUGUGGAUAUACCUUUACCUAAAAUAGAUUCUGAUAAAAAUGAAAAACGCUUAUUACCACAAGAAGAAGCUGUAUCUUGCAGUCAAGAUUACAGUCCCAUAGCUAAAUUACAUCAUCUAAAUCAGCUACCAAGGUGGCCACAAAAAGCUCUUACAAGGUUUUGGAAUAGGGGUAAUUUCAAACAGGACACUGAAGAUGUUUUAAGAGCAAUAGCUUAUGAUCCAGAUUGUGGGCAGAUAGUAAGAAAAUGUGUUUCAGACAUAGUUUGGAAAUCAUCUGUAAGACAAAGUCUAAAAGGAAUUUUAACAGGAGGACUUAUAAAAAGUGUCAAAUAUAGUACUAGAAAAAUUAAAAAUAUGUUCAAAUAAUAA